GCUGCUCAGGUGUUACAGUGGCUUGAAGGAGGCAAGUUAGACAAUUAUCUCCUAAAUAGUUUCUUGUUUAACACCUAGAAUCUGACAGUGAUCAAAAUAGAUCAGAAUUUGUAUCUACCAUAUCCAACAAUGGAACAAUUAGAUUUUUCAUCUGCUCUCCAUGUUUGUACCCAGGAUGCUGAAGUCAGGGUGUUUGUGAACCGAAGUUUAGCCAUGGAAAAAAUAAAGUGUUUUGGUUUUGAUAUGGAUUAUACACUUGCUGUGUACAAGUCCCCGGAGUAUGAGUCCCUUGGCUUUGAGCUAACUGUGGAGAGAUUAGUUUCUAUUGGCUACCCUCAGGAACUGCUCAGCUUUGCUUAUGAUUCUGCAUUCCCUACCAGGGGACUUGUUUUUGAUACACUAUAUGGAAAUCUUUUGAAAGUUGAUGCCUAUGGAAACCUUUUGGUCUGUGCACAUGGAUUUAACUUCAUAAGAGGUUCUCAGGUAGCUGCUCAGAAGAGACCAGAAACUAGAGAGCAGUAUCCAAAUAAAUUUAUCCAACGAGAUGACACUGAAAGAUUUUACAUUCUGAACACACUAUUCAAUCUACCAGAGACCUACCUGUUGGCCUGCCUUGUAGAUUUUUUUACUAAUUGUCCUAGAUAUACCAGCUGUGAAACAGGAUUUAAAGAUGGGGACCUCUUCAUGUCUUACCGAAGUAUGUUCCAGGAUGUAAGAGAUGCUGUCGACUGGGUUCAUUACAAGGGCUCCCUUAAGGAAAAGACAGUUGAAAAUCUUGAGAAAUACGUAGUCAAAGAUGGAAAACUGCCUUUGCUUCUGAGCCGAAUGAAGGAAGUAGGGAAAGUGUUCCUUGCUACCAACAGUGACUAUAAAUAUACAGAUAAAAUUAUGACUUACCUGUUUGAUUUCCCGCAUGGCCCCAAGCCUGGGAGUUCCCAUCGACCAUGGCAAUCCUACUUUGACCUGAUCUUGGUGGAUGCACGGAAGCCACUCUUCUUUGGAGAAGGCACAGUACUACGUCAGGUGGAUACUAAGACUGGCAAGCUGAAAAUUGGUACCUACACAGGCCCCUUACAGCAUGGCAUCGUCUACUCAGGAGGUUCAUCAGAUACAGUCUGUGAUCUGUUGGGAGCUAAGGGCAAGGACAUUUUGUAUAUUGGAGAUCACAUUUUUGGAGACAUUUUAAAAUCAAAGAAACGGCAAGGGUGGCGAACUUUCCUGGUGAUUCCUGAGCUUGCACAGGAGCUGCAUGUCUGGACUGAUAAGAGUGCACUUUUUGAAGAGCUUCAGAGCUUGGAUAUUUUCUUGGCUGAACUCUACAAGCAUCUUGACAGCAGCAGCAAUGAGCGCCCAGACAUUAGCUCCAUCCAGAGACGCAUCAAGAAAGUGACUCAUGACAUGGACAUGUGCUACGGGAUGAUGGGAAGCUUGUUUCGCAGCGGCUCCCGGCAGACCCUGUUUGCCAGUCAGGUGAUGCGGUAUGCCGAUCUCUAUGCAGCAUCUUUCAUCAACCUGCUCUACUAUCCCUUCAGCUACCUCUUUAGAGCUGCCCACGUCUUGAUGCCUCAUGAAUCAACAGUGGAACAUACACAUGUAGAUAUCAACGAGAUGGAGUCCCCUCUUGCCACCCGGAACCGCACCUCAGUUGAUUUCAAAGAUCCCGACUACAAGCGGCACCAGUUGACCCGGUCGAUUAGUGAGAUUAAACCCCCCAACCUCUUCCCACUGGCCCCCCAGGAAAUUACACACUGCCAUGAUGAAGAUGAUGAUGAAGAGGAGGAAGAGGAAGAAGAAUAAGGAGGAAAACCAAAACUGAGCACCCAUUAAACAAGCCUGGCAGGACUCAGAGGAGCAAAGGAUGGGUUCUAGCGGUGGGUGGGGGAGCUCCGGCAAAGGUACAUCUGGAAAGUUUCUGAAGACUUUAAAAUAUUCUAAGUUUUGUUUGCACUCUUUGCAGAUGGUUCAAAUUGUAGUGGAGUCUGUACUGAAAGAAAGUAAGGGUAAAGCUGGGCUGAACGGCAUGCAGAUGGCUCCGUCGUGGCUUGUGACACUGUUUCCUUGUCUUGUUUCAUUCUCAGUAUGUAUUGGAUACACCCCGGGUGGGGCAGAGUCCCAGAGUGGAGCAAGGGUGAUGGGAAGAGGUGAUCCAAAAAUGUUAACGUUACAAAUUGUGCUCUUACUCCAAAAUCCAUCCUGAAAUUUUCAGUGCAUUACACAUUAUUGUAUAUCAGUGGAGAAAUAUAUUGCUUCCAUUAUCAAAUGUAGUCUUCUGUUAAGGUCAAGUUUCCUUUUAUAAGCUCUGAAGUGUCCACUGGGCAGACUGGGGGCUUCAGUGGCCUUGCACAAGUAUUUGGUUUGCUAUAGGGCUGGUCUGGAAUGCACUGCAGUGAUUCUGUUCUGAGGUACAAGUCUUCAUCUCUUCUUACAUUUUUUUGAUAGCAGAAAUGUUUCUUAUCAGAAACAAUUUUUUUUCUCAUCUGGGAUCAAUCUAUAGAAAGAAGUUAGCUGCAAGAGGGCAAAGGAGCAAGCCCCGUGAAAAAUUAGAGCAUAACUGAGUGAAUUCCUUAGUGUGGGCCAGUGUGGCUCAUGCUAUCCAGAGUUCCAGCCUUCUCUAACCUCUAGGGUGGACGGCUGUAGUUCAAAGUCAAGCUUUAGAGGAUGGGAAGAGGGCCCUGUAAGUCAGAACCUUAUUAGAGCUGAAGGUACAAUCAAUGGGAGUAAAUUCUGAAUCCCAAGAGAAAUCACUUCUUGUUGUUUUGAAUAAGAAUGGAUCAUUACUGUGUACUUGAGGCUAUUAGACGGCCUCACAGUGCAGAAUGGCCUGCGGUAGUUCCAGGGGUAGUGGAGACUGGUACUUGACCCUCCGUACCUUCCUUCCAUUCUGCCUACUGGUGAACACAGAGGGUAGAUUAGCUGCUCUAGAAUUCAAUAAAGUGUAAUAUUUCUAAUCCUGACUCUGACCCCUUCCUGUAGCCUAACUGUAAUUAACGGUUGGUCUUCAGGUGGGUUUAGGUUUGGCUAGUGACAUCAGUUUGACAUUCUCUUAAAGGAAAUACAGUCUGGCAUGACUAAUGGUUCCAGUACUUAAAGAGGUCUCACAGCUUUUCCAUGGGACGUUUUUUGGUACAGGACUAUGAGGUAAGGCUUUUUAAAAAUGAUUUUAUAGGAAGGGAACACAGUUCAGUAACAUAGCCAAGACCAUAUUACCUCAUCACUUUCAGUAUAUGAGCUUUACAUUAAGACUGGUAUCCCUUAGGAAUAUAUGCUACUUUAAAAGUAAUCAGGUUACUGGGGCACCUGGGUGGCUCAGUCAGUUGAGUGGCUACCUCUUUCCGGCUGAGAUCAUGAUAUCCAGCUGCAUGCUCAGCGGGGAGUCCACCUGAGAGUCUUUCCCUCUGCCCCUCCUCCCCACUUGCAUGUGCUCCCUCAAAUCCUAAAAAUAAAAAUAAUCAGGUUACAAAUAUUGCAAAUAGCACUUAAAUACUGUCCCCAUUUUAGAGAGUAUGUUUGUGGUCACCCCAGCUCUCACUCAAGAUGGGAGAUGUUGCCCAGUUUUACAGAGUCUUAUAUUUGCUCAAAGCCAAAUAAUUUUGAAGGGACUUAUUACAACUAUAGAGCCUAACUUCUAAUAGUACAUUUACAUAUUUUCCCUUUCAGAGCAAGGAUCAUCAUGAACACUUCGCUUUUAAUUUACCACACUUUUUUUUGUAUUGUGUUAUCUGCAUAAGAUCUUAUCUUUUUAAGAGUUUCUUUUUCUCCAGAUGUCUGACAGUGGAUCCAAAGAUCGAGGAGUAAAAAG